AUGGCUGGGGAAUCAGAAGAGGGAGACCAAGAUGAUAUAUUCAAAAGGCGCCCGGAGACGCCGCCGAAUCCUCCACCACUUCCCCAGAAUGCCUCUCCGGACCCCAAUCAUACGGCCGAGGAAGACGAUGGAGAGGACGAGGACGAGCCGAAGCUCAAGUACACCCGCCUCACAUCGAUGCUCAGCCCCGUCUAUCGCAAUGGCGACGCGACAAGUGCCUUUAUGGUUGCGGGAGACAAGAUGAUCAUGGGGACACAUAACGGAAGCGUCCAUGUCCUCACGAUUCCUUCGUUCCAAAGCCUUCGGCACUAUCGCGCACAUACCGCCUCGAUUACCUCCGUCUCCGUCUCGCCAUUCCCUCCGCCAUUGCCAUCAGCGCGUUCCGAGGCCGCGACGAAACCACGAGUCACGAGCCCCGAGAGUCGACGGUCGGCUCCCAUGGCACCGCCAACGUCGUCCCCUCGUACUCCACGACAUGCUCAGAUCCCCACAACGCCCUCCAACUCGAUAUACAUCGCGACUGCCUCGAUCGACGGUCACGUAUGUGUCCAGUCGUUGGUGGACCCAAAGGACGUGAUGCUGCGGAACUUCGCCCGGCCGAUCCAGGCGGUGGCGUUGUCCCCUGAGUAUAAGAGCGACCGGUCAUUCGUGUCGGGGGGCCUUGCCGGGCAAUUGAUCCUCACAAGUGGCGGCCGACUUGGCGCCUCGUCCAAUGCCAACACGAACAGCGCAGCUGCGGCGGCGUCGGGUUGGCUGGGCUCGCUUGGAAUCGGAUCCAACCCUGGGAAGGACGCGGUCUUGCACUCCGGGGAGGGUAGCAUUAGCACGAUCAAGUGGUCGCUAUCGGGGAAGUUUGUCGUGUGGAUCAACGAGCAUGGAAUCAAAAUCAUGCGGACAAACCUCAAGCUAGACAGCCUGGAUUCCGAACGCGCCUGGAAGACCAUCGGCCAUAUCGACAGGCCGAAGCAUGGGAACUGGGAAGAUCUUGGUGGUGGAUGGAAAGGCCGCGCCGACUGGGUGAACACGGACUGGCUCGAAUCCGAUGAGGAGGGUCCAGUUGUGCAGAAUGGGACCAACGCAAAACAUUCGGUAGAGAAGCUGGUUGUCGGGUGGGGCGAUACAGCAUGGGUACUUCUCGUCAAAUCGGAGCGAGCCGGUGUUGGGAAAGAUGCCGGCGAGAGGUUCUCCGGCAGUGUGGAUAUUGUACACAAACUGUUCUUUGACGACUGCAUAUUAUCGGGUCUGGCGCUCUAUACCCCUUCUUUACUUCUGAUUCUUGCAUACCGGACCAAGGACGACGACGAUAAACCCAUCGCUCCCUCGCUCGAGACGACACCACGACGAGGCGUGCAUCACAGACAGAAUGGAUUGUCUCCCGAAGUCCGUCUGAUCGACGUGAAUACGAAAGACGAAGUAGAUGUAGACAUGUUAACAAUUAGUCGAUACGAGUCAUUGGCCGCCGCGGACUACCACAUCAGCACCCUGUACGUGCCCGCGAACCAAGGACCGCUGCAAACGCAGCGAGGCGCGCUCGGGGCGAUUUCUGGCAGUUUGUGGGAUGCCGGAGCCAGCGCGGGAAGAGUAUUUAGCUCGGGGGCAAGUAUCUUCAGUCUUCCGAGUAGCGAAAAGGAUAAAGCUUCGACACCGCCAGGCUCUACUGGCUCGGGAAAAGUCGCGCCUUCGACGAGGGCUUUAAAGGAGGUUCCCGUUGCAGCGAUCCGUCCAGGACUGAAGAUUUUCCUCGCAAGCCCUUAUGACUCGAUUUUGGCGAUCAAGAGGGAUCUAUCCGAUCAUCUCUCUUUCCUGUUGGACCACCGAAAGUAUCAACGCGCAUGGGAGCUCAUCAAUGAGCAUCCGGAAGUGGUUGCCAUUGCCCCCGACCGGCCCAGCGGCGACGAAACACCGACCACCCCCUCCAAGAAAGGACAAAGUUUGGCGGACUUUUUGGCCGACGAUAGCGCGUCGCAGACUACCCUCUCCAUGAACAAGGCCCAUAAUUCGGCCGUGUCGAAGGAGAAACGCAGGGUCGGCGAGCUCUGGCUUCAGCAGCUCGUCUCUGCCGGAGAUUGGGUCACUGCUGGUCGAGUUGCGGGUCAAGUUUUGGGCACGUCAUCGAGAUGGGAACACUGGGUGCUUACCUUUGCACAUGCUGGGCGGUUUGAUGAGAUAACACCUCACAUCCCAAGUUACGACAUCCAUCCGGCAUUGCCUUCAGAUGUAUACACCGUCGUCCUUGGCCAUUACAUCCACCAUGAUCAAUCUCGAUUACGGGACCUGCUUGACAUCUGGGACCCCGACCUUUUCGACUCGAAAAGCGUCAUUUCGGCCAUCGAGAGCCAGUUGGAUUCCGGCCUUGCGACAGAAGAAACCGUAGAGGAUGGCGAAAAGGGCCGAGAUUGGCGGUUCCUGUUGAGCUCUCUCGCUCGACUCUACGUCGCCAGCGGCAGACAGAAGGAUGCGCUGAAGUGCUACAUUCAAUUGCAAGAUGCGGACGCGGCAAUGGCGCUCAUAAGAGACUACCACCUCGUCGGGGCUUUGUCGGAUGACAUCCAAGGAUUCCUUCUUCUAAGAAUAUCGAAAGAGCAGCUUAGCGCAGGUCAUCUCAGUGAACUUGAGGAACUCAGCUCGGAAGCCGUGCGGCUGCUCGUCGAUGAAGCCUACCAAGGCAUAGUGCCGUCCGACACCGUGGUCGAUCAACUACAGACGAAGGGACCGAAGAUUCAGCCGUUUCUGUACUUCUACUUGAAAGCCUUGUGGAAAGGUGGCGGGAGUGAGAAAGGCACGAAAACGUCGAGGAUGCGCGAUCGUGUUGCCAUCGAGGGGCAGUCUUUCGUCGAAGAGUUUGGCGAUCUGGCGGUGGAACUCUUCGCUGAAUAUGAUCGGCCCCUUCUCAAGGAGUUUCUUCGGGCAUCGGACAGCUACGCUUUGGGUGGAGCUAUCGCGAUCUGUGAGAAAAGAGGUUACACUGAAGAGCUGGUAUUCCUUCUCUCCAAAACUGGUGAAACCAAGCGUGCUUUAUAUCUCAUAAUCGACUCCCUUGCCGACGUCUCGAUGGCUAUCUCUUAUGCUAAAGAUCAAGCUGACCAGGACCUGUGGGACGACCUCCUGGAUUACAGUAUGGAUAAACCCAGUUUCAUUCGCGGACUACUGUAUGAAAUCGGCACUGCCAUCGACCCUAUCAAGCUUAUUCGGCGCAUCCCCGAGGGACUGGAGAUCGAUGGACUUCGGGAUGGCAUCGGCCGCAUGGUAAAAGAGUUCGAGCUGCAGAACAGCAUCUCCGAAGGCGUCGCACGCGUGCUCUAUAGCGAAGUUGCUGCGGGCUUGGAUAAACUGCGUGAAGGCCGAAGAAAAGGGGUGAAGUUCGACAUUGAGUACGAAUUGCCACAAAUCCUUGAGCCGGAUGGCGAGAUAGAAACAUCGGCGGAGGCACAACCGCAACUGGAGUCAGACGCCUCGAACAAUCUGGAUGACGCAGGUGAAUUGCCAAUGUCGCCAGGGAGAAGCCCGAAAGAAGCGAAAGCCGGACACUGCGUUGAGUGCGGAAGAGUUUUCCACGAAGACGAUUAUGAAACACUCCUCGGUUUUGCGUGCGGGCAUGUCUAUCACCUAUCCUGCAUGCUCAAAACGUUCCCAUCGUCCAACCCGGACAGCAUUGCAGCGGCGGAACGUCUGCAGGCCCGAUUGGCCGUCGAUGCCGCGACGGGUAACGAGUUCAUCGAGUCGACUAGAAGCGUGGGAGCGAAAGUUGCGCAUGCGCACAUUAUCCGCGCCGCCGUACAGAAUGGCUGCACACUUUGUCGGGCAGUUGACGAUGAUGACGGAUAA